AUGGCACCGAUCGAGCCUCCUGCGAGAGAAAUAGAAGAGCUUGUUGAGAGAUUAACAGAGUACAGAGUUGGCGCGUACGAGCGGUUUGAUGAUGCUCGGGACGGGGAAAUGGAUGGCUUCCGUUUGAAUAUCGUACUGUUUGGAAUGGCAGGGUCUGGAAAAUCAGCCUUGAUUAACACCAUCUUCGAAUGCUUGGAGACGGGUACACGGCCUGCUGUAACCCAAACGACCGGAAGGGAAGGAACGAAGAUUUUAGAAGCUUGUGAUCUGCCGAACUUUGUCACGAUCUAUGACACCAGAGGAUUUUUUGAUCUUGGCAGGAUAGAGGAAGGUACAAAAGCUUUCACUCCUAAAUCAUUUUAUUUUGUAAAAUACAGUAUGUGUUUUUUAAUCCGGCGUGUAGAACCAUUAUUUUUGUUUCUUAACUAAGUGGAAAAAUUCAUAAAGUGAAACCGAUAGUGUUAAUGUUUCACUAAGCGAUACGUAUAACGACUACAACUGUAAAAACCUCACUUUCCUCGAAAUUUUAUUUUGUCCAUCGUUUUUGCCAUUUUGAGGAUGAAACAAGGAAGUUGAGAGGCAUAGGGUGAGGGAUGUUCUAGUAGAUGGGGAGGGUGAGUUUCGUUGUUUUGAUUCCCGGAAGGACCCCGGAAGCAAGUCGUUUUUCAAAGCUUUAUUAUUUGUAAUAAUAACAAGAAGAAGAAAGUUCUUUCUACAGAUGGCCUAUGUCACAUAAUGUGGUUUUCAAUAGUGCACUGCAUAAACACUAAAAACUACAGUACUAGAAAUAUUAAAAUAGAUGAACUAAGAAAUGUCACACUAAGCGAACUUAUUAAGAUUUGAAAUGUUUAAGUAAUGAAAUUUUAAAACAAAAACUAAAAACUACAGUACUGAAAAUAUUAAAAUAGAUGAACUAAAGAAAUGUCACACCAAGCGAACUUAUUAAGAUUUAAAAUGUUCAAGAUUCUUUAAUUUGGUAACGUUCUCCAAUGGAUCAUUGUUGGCUAUAAGAGCUAUGACAUUAAAUUGACUUAGUUUGUUACGUCCUCCAAUGACCAUAAACUUCGACUUAGUAACGUUUAGUGUCAGCUUAUCGUCAUGUAACCAAGAUGUAAUAGCUGCCAAGUCUGCAUUGAGCUUUGAUUGCAAAUUGGUUGGCGAGCUCUCAUGAUAAUUAAAUGCCAUGUCAUCAGCAAACAUCGUCAUCUUUGAGUGCUGCAGUUCAGAUUGAAUGCCAUUAGUAUACACCAAGAAUAGCAAUGGACCCAAAAUGCUGCCCCGUGGUGUUCUCCCUAGGGAGACAAUGCAUUAACACACAUCGUUUGUUCAACUCGACGAGAGAGAUAUGAGCGGAACCAUUCCAAGCUUUUCCCUGCUACUCCUAGUGACUUGAGUUUGUUGAUGAGGAGCAGAUGAUCAACAGUGUCAAACGCCUUGCGAAGGUUCAGGAAAGUUGCAAGCAUUAACAUUAGGGUUGCUUACCAUUUUUGUGGGGAAACCAAAAGUAUAUUCCAUUCCGUUGGAAAGCUUCAUAAAAUAUAAGGUUUCUCCCCACAAUAUACCCACACAAAAUCAAAGUCAAGGGGUGGUCACUGAUACAACGCCUAGUGGUUUUAUUGCUCGCUAGUCGCCACAGAGGGGUCUUUCCGUUUUUCGUUCAUACGAUUUGUGCAAAAGAAGGCAAAAUCUUCUCCUUAGUUAUUCCAAGACUUUGAGUGUUGACCCUCUUGGGAACUGAAUGGGGUCUUGGGCUCUUAACUCUGCCGAUCGACCAUUUAAACUAUACAGCUUUCAGUACUAGAUAAGUGAUAUUGGAGGAAACGUAUGUCUAAAAUACUUAUCUUUCGGUUGUAUAGGAGAGCUGUUUCGUAUUAUUUAUGGAAUUGAGAGACCUGGAGAUGAUCUGACGCGAGAUUACACGAGUGCUGCAAAAGCAAUAGAAGGUGGGGUCGGUGCUCACAGGCUCAAAAAAAAGCCCAUUGCUGACCAAAUGCAUGUGAUACUGUGGGUGAUUAAAGCUAACGAUGUUAGAUUUGAAACUGGAAAGUACCAGGAGAUAAUCAAGUUUGCUCAACACCAGAUGAAAGAACAAAGUGAGUCCUUAAUAUUUCUUAAAUUGAGGCACGUGUCCCAUACCAAUUGACUAAAAAGAUUUUCGCCCAAUGAUCCCCCGCGAAUAUCGAAAAAUCCCGAUCAAGAACACUAUAUGUUUUUCAGAAAGGGCUAUACAGAGGACCGUAGCCUGUUGCAGGUGUUAAGAUUGUGGGGACAGCGCAAGGAGGCGUGAGCAGGAAAAACAGCGAGGGGUGGGGUAGGGAGCAAGGGCGCAGUUUCUUACUCUCUUCAAUCGUCUCUCGGGCUUCUUAUUUUUUUCUCGCUCUUUGACUCAGCGCCACACUCCAUUAUCUGACCGCCUGAAACAGGCUGAAGGACCGAGACUCCUUCAUCUUUGAAGACCCAGUGGCAGAUAGAGGGAUAAGUAAAUUGGCGCGGUUCCAGUAGCACUCAAUGCAAAAUGCAUUUCACUCUAUUAAGGCGAAGUGUAGAAAAAAAGUCAUCUUUCGACAAAACGGAUCACGAAAAGGGUACUAAAUGAUUCCGUGGAGGUGGAGUAGGUAUUUCUCUUACGAAUGGCUGACAGAGGAAUGACGGCUUAAAACUCGUCAGCUGACUCAAUAACACCACAUUUUCCGUGUGUUCUAGUACUCUCCGGCUCUCCGUGGUACAUGCCACAUAGUUUGAACCUUCGAAAAGAGAUAAAUUGACGGUGGGAAUUAGCGUGCGCGAAACAUGGAGGAAGCCUUCCUGUCGCGCCUUAAUUCAUCCUUUCCCUUCCCGCAAAACGGCUGCCACGCAAGCUACAUGUCAGCCUAAUGUCUAGUUUGGUUUUUGCUUUGUUUUUCUGUUUCUUUUAUUAUAGUUAUCACGAUCAUUACGGUCAUCACUUUUGACGAUGAAAUACAGAGUAUGCCAAACCCUGGCGAACGAAGAAAAAAGUUAAAGGAAGCAGCGAGAGAAGUUACUGGAAGUGAGCCGAGAGAUGUCUUUAUGAUCGCGAACUCUAUACCUAAUCAAGAGUUUGACCCGGCGUACAAGAAGGAAGUGUUGAAGAUGUUAGAGCGAGCUUUGAAGUGUGGAGAGCUGUCGGUCAAGAUGCGGCAGGCGCAGAGGGAAAGUUUGAAGAGAUCCAUGUGCGAGCCUCGAGGCAGAGCUGAAAAAUGCCCUGUAGAAAAUACGGAGCCUCCUGACUACAAGAGCUUGCCAUGA